GGCAGCCGGCCGCAGUCUGUGCGCAGCUCCGGGCAGAGCGGGUGGCAUCCUCGCGCCGGCUCGAGGCAGCUGGAGGCGGGGCCGUUACCCGCCGGGAGCUCCGAGCGAGCCGGGCGGCAGGCAAGGAAAGCAAGCCCGAGCGCCAUGAUUCCUCUCGAGAAGCCGGGCAGCGGCGGCUCUUCCCCGGCUGCCGCCUCCGGCUCGGGUCGGGCUGGCCGGGGUCUGAGCACGCCGCGCCGGCCGCCGCCCCCGACCCAGGCCCGCGGACUGCUGACGGAGAUCCGCACCGCCGUGCGGACCGAGCCCUUUCAGGACGCCUACACCCUGACCCCCGGCCGGGAGUUGGGCAGAGGGAAAUUUGCAGUGGUGAGGAAAUGCAUAAAGAAAGAUUCUGGAAAAGAAUUUGCCGCCAAGUUCAUGAGAAAAAGAAGAAAAGGCCAAGAUUGUCGGAUGGAAAUAGUUCAUGAAAUCGCUGUACUCGAGCUAGCCCAGGACAAUCCAUGGGUCAUUAAUUUACAUGAAGUCUACGAGACACCAUCGGAAAUGAUCUUAGUUCUGGAAUAUGCGGCUGGAGGUGAAAUCUUUGACCAGUGUGUUGCAGACAGAGAUGAAGCAUUCACAGAAAAAGAUGUUCAGAGACUCAUGAGGCAGAUUUUAGAAGGUGUUUGCUUCCUACACGCUCAUGAUGUCGUUCAUCUUGAUUUGAAGCCUCAGAAUAUUCUGCUGACAAGUGAAUCUCCACUGGGUGACAUUAAGAUAGUGGAUUUUGGCCUUUCAAGAAUAAUGAAGAAGAGCGAAGAACUCCGAGAGAUCAUGGGCACUCCUGAGUAUGUGGCUCCUGAAGUUCUUAGUUACGAUCCUAUCAGCAUGGCAACAGAUAUGUGGAGCAUUGGAGUGUUAGCAUAUGUCAUGCUGACAGGAAUAUCACCUUUCCUGGGUGAUGAUAAACAGGAAACUUUCCUCAACAUCUCACAGAUGAAUUUAAGUUAUUCUGAGGAAGAAUUUGACGUUGUGUCUGAGUCAGCUGUUGACUUCAUCAAGACACUUUUAGUUAAGAAACCUGAAGAUCGCGCCACUGCAGAGGAGUGUCUGAAACACCCAUGGCUGACUGAGAGCGGUGUUCAGGAGCCUGCCUUCAAGGUCAGAGGGGCCUUAGAAGGAGCACAUGCCCUCCAGGAAGCAGAUUCUGUGUCUGAAAGUAAUUCAGAUACUCAGAAGCCAGAAACCGAGGAAUCCAUUGUAACAGAGGAGCUGAUUGUAGUGACUUCGUAUACUUUAGGACAAUGCAGACAGUCUGAAAAGGAGAAGAUGGAGCAAAAGGCCAUUUCCAAACGAUUUAAAUUUGAGGAACCUUUGCUACAAGACAUUCCAGGAGAUUUUAUCUACUGAGCAGUAUUUCCCUUUAGAACUUUAAGAUUUCUACAUUGGAAACAUUAUUUAUGGACUUCUGGCCAAAUGGUACAUGGAUUGAAAGUGGAUGACCAGGUAUCAGUGAUAGAAACUUAAAAUAACUUUGUCAAACUUGUGGAGUGAGAGAAAUCAAGCCAGAUUUAUCAAGUGGCCAACCAGGAGGCUUAACGGGUGAAGUUACCUUUUUCAAUGUUCUUUUAAAGAAGGGAGAUGUUUGAACCUUUUAUUUCUGCAUCCUGCUUCUCCAGAAUGAGAAUUUGUAUGCAAAGACAUCUGUAUUCACUUUCUGUAAAAAUCCAAGUAAAAGUGCCAAAAUUAACACCUAUGUAAAUCUGUUUUGCCUUAUUCAUAUGUAUAUCUGCAUAUAUAUAUGUUGAUACCUUUACUAAAAUUGAUACUUUUUCACUUUUGGUUUUUUUAGAGGGCAUAAGAUUUUAAUUUAAGUGUUUUCCAAAUUUUUGAGACCUAGAAUAAAUCCACUAGUUUAAAAAGG